UUAGUUUCUCCUGACGUCAUGACGCAGUGGACGGAAGCGGCUCGGCACCAAAGUUUAAGAAAGCGUCGCGCUGGUGUUUUUUCGCUCUUCUGGUUCUUUGGACCGGCUUUGGUUCCGUGUUUGCGGGUCAGAAUCCCGGAGCAGACCCAGCGGGAGUUCGGCCUUUAGUUCCAGUGCCUCGGUCGCCCGUCUCUCUCUCUCUCUACAGUGCCUCGGUCGCCCGUCUCUCUCUACUCCAGCCGCCAUGGACCACAUGAACCACAUGAACCACAUGAACCACAUGAACCACAUGAACCACAGCGCCAUGGACCACAGCGCCAUGGACCACAGUCAGCACGCCACCACGCCCGGACACGACCACGGGGGAGGAGACGGCGGCGGACAUGAAGGCCACGGCGGCAUGGUGAUGACCUUCUACUUUGGCUACAACAACGUGGAGCUGCUGUUCACCGGGCUCGUCAUCAACUCACCUGGAGAGAUGGUGGGUGCCUGUAUAGGUGUGUUCCUAUUGGCCGUUCUCUACGAGGGCUUGAAGAUCGGUCGGGAGGUGCUGCUGCGUCGCAGUCAGGUUAACGUGCGCUACAACUCCAUGCCGCUACCUGGAGCCGACGGCACCAUGCUGAUGGAGACGCACAAGACGGUCGGGCAGAGGAUGCUAAGCCCCGCCCACUUCCUGCAGACUUUCCUCCACAUCAUCCAGGUGGUGGUCAGCUAUGUCCUGAUGCUCGUCUUCAUGACCUACAACGCCUACCUGUGCAUCGCCGUGGCCGCUGGAGCCGGCAUGGGCUACUUCCUGUUCAGCUGGCAGAAGGCGGUGGUGGUGGACAUUACCGAGCACUGCCACUAGCCACCGCUAGCCACCGCUAGCCACCGCUAACUGCCGCUAGCCGGCCCUCCAGUUAGCUUCUAGCCUCUGUAGCGAUCACCAUGGUAACGUCAUGCUGUAGAUUAGCAAUUAACCCUGGAAGACGCUGAGACCCUAUUGUGGUGUUUUCCUUCUUAAAUUUGAUGUCUUGCAGGUGACUCGGGCAGCCAAUCAGAGCCCGGAUCACCUCAGGAAUUCCUUAUAUUUGUGUUUAUUUUUUUAGUGCCAUGAGACCCUUUAGCGCGCGCAGCUCUCAGUUAGCAGCUUGUUAGGGGAGCCACCAAUCAGCAAACAGGACGUGGUCCUCAGAGAGCCAAUCAUCAGGGACCCGUAGAUCAGCUCAGCAAACUGAUUUUAUGACAGGAAAAUCACUUGAAGCAUUUUACUCUAAUUUUAUUUCCUGUUUACAUUUUUCACAAUAAACCUUUUUUUUGUUCAAAGAAAGGAAAAAAAAUCUAAUAAAUUUUUUACAGAACAAAUCAUACAUCAACAAAUCAUAAAGAUCACUUUUUCUGAUGGUUUUUCCUUCGUGGUGAAGUCCAGCAGUCAGGGUUAAGUUUCCUGAUCGUUGGUUAAACGCCGCCGCCGGCCUUAACGCCACCGCCCACUGCCUUACUCUGACGACCUCCAUGAUGCUCGCCAUCACAGAGACGCAAAGCCUCAGCGUUGCAGCUUUAGCCAAGUAAGGAUGAAAUAUUAGAGUUGUUGGGUUUUUAUUACCUCGAUCUGCCGACUCUGAGCUGGGCGGAGUCAUAAAUGGACCAAUGAGAUUGAAGGGCUGGAUUAGUUCCUGGGGUUCCUUUCUAGACCGACGUCACAUCCUGCAGUUACGUUAACGAGGCCUCAGUCCUGUCCAGAGAGCGUCUGAUUGGCUGGAUGGAAGGAGGGAUGGAUCCCGGACGAGACCCCGAGGACGGAUGAAGAUCAGAUUAAAACACUAAAACUGAAACAAGCUGUUGAUGAUGAAUGUGAAGAAUUUGCAGUCAGACGUAAAACAAGCAGCUUUUUACAACCUGUGAUGUCAUUGAUUGGUUUUCAUCGAAGCUUUUCUGAUCAGAACGUUUUGUUGGAUCACGUCAGCGUUGGCGUGAACGAGGCCACCGUGACCAGCUGUCGUCUUGGUUUGAUGUUUAACGUUGUGAAGGAAAACUUUUACUCUGUCUGAAAUUAAUGCCUCAAAUGCUGGAAUCAUAAUAAAAUGUUUGUGGAAGCAGA